AUGGGUGCUGUUAGUUCAUCGCUUCACUAUGGCGCAGACUGGAUACGGGCCCAAGGCUCUGCAUUCGCCGCUAGCGACCGUGAGCGCGAACAGCGUCAGAAUAGGAGACAGAGAAGACAGCGCCAACGAGCACGGCGGGCAGCCCGCUUCCGUAGGCGCCAAGAUAUUGAGGCCCGUGGGGAAGAAUAUUUUAGCGAUGAGUCUGUAGAUGGUGACUAUGAUUCUCUUGAUGAUGACGACGAUAUGGACGAUGAUAGUGACACGCUGAAUCAUGACAGAGAUUAUGACGACAAUGAUGAUACUUUCUUGGACGCCGAGGAAGUGGACUCUGUUCCAGGAAAGGGAGUCUAUGACAACCACCCUCUCUACUUUGGGCCGGCAUUUCAUCCUUCUUCUUUAAGUGGUUUUAUUCUUCCGUCUGCUAUUCCAGGAUUGGGUAGCAUUGCUGCGAAUAGCGGUCAUCAGAAUACAGGUGUUGAUGGCUCCAGUUCACCUGCAGACGCCCGAGCUCACAUGUCCAUAGCAGAGAGUGUUCAGGACCAAUUGUACAGAAACAGUAAUCUAUAUAACCUCAUUUCAGGGCUGAAUGUUAAUCCGCUUUUAACCGAAGUUCAGCGUGCAGGCACACUGGAUCUCUCAGCUCUUGAGCAAGAGCUGGAUGAUGUUGAGGGUGGAUGGAUGGAUAUUGAUGACGAGGAGGAUGAUUCAGUUGUUGAUUGCCUUGCUCCCAUGUUUCACUUGUGUAUACCUGUGUUUUUAGCAACCGACUAUGCGCUCGCCUACUGCACUUGCAUGCAGCGUCAACCUCAAGAAAAGCACUCUCCGACUCGUCAAGAACUUUGCUAUCUCCAACGAUCCUUCGGUCCCUUCCCCGUCCCAUAUGCGCCCCAACUAUCGCCUUGA